AUGCUUGGGCGAAGUUCUGACGUAUUUGCUGGAAAUUUUAUGGGAAAAUCCAAGCUAGAGAAGAUACAUAAGGAAGCAAAAGAAAUUAUAGCUCAGAAAAACAAAGAAAUCAUGAAAUAUUCGAAAUUAAUAGAAGAUGCAGAAAAUCAAUUAUCCGAAUUGAAAGCAGAAUUACAAGAGAAAACAAACAGAAUCAAUAAUAUGAAAAAUGAAGAUAUAAGUUACAACGUAAAUUCAAUCGAAGAUGAAAUAACUGCAUUAAGCACUCAGCAUAUUGAAGAAAUGAAAGCACUCGAAGAAAAGCAUCAAGAAGAUAUGCAAACAUAUAAAAUGAAAUACGCAAAAUCACUUAAAGAAGCAGAACAAUGGACCGAGCAGCAUAUAGAUACAUUAGCUGUUGAGAAGCAGGCCAAAUUACAGAUGGCACAGCAAGAACUGAAGACAGCUAAAGAAAAAGCACAAGCUUCUAAACUUGCUGCAACCGCAGUCAAAUCUAAUUUCUAUCAGAACAAUAAAACAGCCCAAUUAAUGAAUACCCAACGUAUUGAAUAUCUUGAAUCUCAGUUAUCAGAAAUCACAUCACUAUCUAGAGAAGAAAUCAGAGAUAUCCGCGGAAAAGUCGAAGAAUGCCUUGCAACAAUAACUGUUCGUCAAAAAGAAUACGAAGCACAGAUUGCAAAGUGUAAGAAGGAAUUAAAAGAAAGAGAACCCAAAUAUAAUGAUCAUAUAGAAGCUUUAACAAACCAAUAUAAUACAGAAAAAGCAAGAUACCAGAAUCAAAUAAACGCAGUGAAUGAAAACAUCCAAAACUUAACACGCGUAAUUAAACAAAUGGAAACGCAUCAUGAACAACAACUAAGAUCAACAAUGAAAGAUCUAGAAAGAAUGAAAACAACUAUAUAUGCUUCUAGAUCAAUGAGAACAACUUCUCGUGAUGAAACAAUAACUAAUGCUAGAGAAACAAUGUCAAUCCAAAAUCAAUGUAUGCAAAUGAAACAAGAAAUUGCUGUCAUCAAAGAAGAAAUAGAUGAACUCAAUGCCGAAAACGAUGAACUCAGAUCUCAAUUGCAAGUCCUUGAUCGAAGUGUCUAUGGUGGAUACUAA